CAUGCUACAUAUGGUUGUGGCUAUUGGGCUAGAAUGUUUUCUCAUAUUCAGGGGAAUUCAAGGGCUAAUUAAAGCACCAACGUUAGUAAAACAAAUGGAGAAAAUGGUACUUAAAUAUUUGCUGCCACAAGUUGAAGCUGCAUCGCUCUUGAGCAUAUCUCUUGCAUUUGCUUGGCAAAAGGCAGUGAGGCAAUGGCCUCAUUUCAUGAUUCAUUUCAUACUUUGGAGCUCCUUUGUUAUGUGUUUGUCGGUUGGAAUUCUUUUGGUUUGCUUCCAGAGACCUAUCAUAGAUGCUGUUGGGGUUUGCUUCAUUGCCUUUGCAAUUGGUAAUGGCUUGUAUGCUUGUUGGGUUAGUUUGAGAAUUAAGUUCUGUACCAAGGUUUUGAUCAAAGCAAUGGAACCUACUUUCAAAUUUACAGAUUUAAACCACCCCACUUAUGUGAUGCUUGGGGCUGGAUUCAUAUGGAUGUCUAUGUGGAUUUUGGCUAUGAUUGGAACCUUUAAUUUCCCCUUUCAACCAUUGAUUACAAUUGUAUUGUUCUUGAGCUUGGUUUGGACAGCUGAAGUCUUGAGAAAUGUUGCCAAUUUAACAGUUAGCACUUAGCAAAGUAAUUUCUUUGUAUUACCUCAGAGAAAUGCAGUGCAGUACUAACUUCUGCUUCCAAAGAGCCUUAUCCCUGAACCUUGGAAGUGAUUGUCUUGGAUCCUUAUUCGUUCCAACAAUAGAAGCACUGAGAAUUGUAGCAAGAGGUUUGAAAUUGUAAAAUAAAUUUAGAUAUUAAAU